CUAGAUCCGUUGUAUUGUGAAUGACAAAGCGAGCUAAUGAACUGGGAGCGGUUGUGUGUGUGUGUUUGUGUGUUUGUGUGUUGUUUUUUUAGUCUUCUCUGAAUAAACCUUUAAUAAACGACACAGUUUUGUUUGCGUAAAGACUGAAACGUAGCCUGGGCUGAAAAGAUAUGAACCAAGUAAGCUAGCUAACUCUUCAUGUUUAUCCAGCCUUUCCUGCCACACUGGAUACCGUUUGCGUGCCGUGAUUAAAGAAGAUUCCCUGCUGUUACACACACACAUAUACACACACACACACACACACACACUUUUCCAGGAUCACCAUGUUGGCCCUGCUGUUGACUACUCUGCUUGCUGUACACUCGAUCGCUCUGGAUGUGCACGUGCCUGAUUUCCCAGUGGUGGUGCUUUACGGGACAGACGCCAUCCUCAACUGCACGUUCUCCGGGGCUAAGAAUUUUAACCUGUCCGAGCUGAGCGUGUUCUGGCAGCUGGCUGACACUCAGAGGAGCGUGCACGCUUACUAUGACAAGCAGGACCGCUUCGUCGAUCAGGACGAGCGGUUCACAAACAGGACUAGCCUGUUUGCUGCAGAGUUAGCAUCCGGUAAUGUGUCGCUGCUCCUGAGGAGAGUCCGAGUGGCAGACGAGGGCAGCUACACGUGCUUCGUUAAAGUGGACACGUACAGCAAGGAUUCCAUGUUCAUGCAGGUGGCAGCCCCCUACUCCAAACCUUCAGUGACCUGGGAAACCGACACCGACCCUAAGCCAGGCGAUGUGGUACAACUGACCUGCCUGGCGUACGGCGGCUACCCCGAGGCCCAGGUGCUAUGGCAGGAUGGGAGCGGGCAAAACCUGACAGAGAAUGUCACCAUCUCAACCGUAGCCAACGAGCAGGGUCUUUUCACAAUCAGGAGCGUCUUGACGGUGGUCCUCGAACCGAACAGCACCUACAGCUGCAGACUGACCAACCCACUACUAGGGGACGAGGGUCACGCAUCCGUCACCAUUACGUCCCAAGCACCGGUAUUUCCUCAAGUGGCUAUGUGGGUAACGAUUGGUCUGGCGGUCUGUUUGCUUGGUCUCCUCAUUGCCUUGGCUGCUGUGUGCCACAGGAAAAUCAAAGAGAGCUGUGAAGAGAUGAGAGCAGAGGAAGAAGCCAAAGAACUCGAGGAAGCCAAAGAACUUGAAGAACACAAGACAGCUGCAACACCUCUAAAGAGCUAAAGGCAACGAGCACAGGGUGAAACUACAUGUGAAGCAUGGAGUCUUGCAUUAACCUUCAGUGCAACAUGGUGUUCAACAAGACACACACACACACACUGUAUGGUACUGGACCAUUUUGGUGUUUUAGCUCCUAUUGCUUAAAAUCAAGAAAAUAACAAUUCAUAUUGCUAAAAUGUUUAUAUUUUGCACAUUGACAUAGAAAACAAAUGCUGUUUGCCUCGUUCCCAAGUUUUAGAUUGAUGCAAAAUAUCAAACCCUGUAUCACGCACCGAUUUAUGUCCGCUGUCAUUUCUUUCCAUUUAAAAUUCAACUGUUUUUUUGUUUCUUUUAUACAGCAUGAAUUAAAAUAAGCUCAGACGUUCUAAGUAGCCUAGCCUCUCUCCAACAGCUUCAUUCACGCCCUGUGUUCAUCAUAAAAGACUCGAGAAUCACCUAUCAGGAUUUAGAAUUGUAUACAGUGGUUUAAACAAAAAAAAAUCUGCUUGAAGGACAUUGAUGACUUCUGACAAGCUUCCAGCUCCACCACUGACACCAGCUCGCUCCACUCUGCAUGCUGAGCCUUGCCUCAUGUUCCACAUCACAUCUAAUGGAAAGUGAAGAGCUUAAGAGCAAAGCCAGCAAGGAAGCUAUUGUCAGUGUGUCCAGCAGAGUCAGAGUCUCUCUAUCUUUCUCACGUCUUCUCCACCAGAGCUCCAGCACGGACUAAUUAAAGCCUGCCCUUGAACCAACAUGUUCUUGACAGCGUGUAGCUGUUUCUGCAAAUUCAGUGACUUUGGGGAGAAAUUUGUUUGAUUUUCAGCUUGAACAAAUUGCAAGUAGAUCAUGGUACACACCUACAGUAGGUUUCUAUUUGUCCAGACGGUGUUAUGGUGAGAAAUGGUUUAAUAGUUACACAGUGAUAUUGUGAGGUGGAAUCUUGUAUGCUGGGAUUUUUUUUAAACAGUGCUUCUUGAUACUAGUGCCAAAUAAACCGAAGUGUUUUUCCCCAAAUGGAUUAAUUUUGCCUGUAUGAACAUGCUUUAAAUAAUAAAAUGAUUUGUCAUUAAAA